ACUUCAGCAGUCCUUGCAAUUUUUGGCUCAUUUUCUGGCAUGGAGGCUCCCACUCCCAGUAUUUGGGUACUACAACUGCUAGUGCUGGGAUUUGUCUUCCAUCUUCCCAGAAAUUGAAUGCAAUCCAAAAGCAAUCGCACGUGCCACAUCUAGAUCCCAAAUAUUUUGGAGUCAAACUCUUUUAUUACACCAACGAAACAUCUCCUAGAUUCUAGGCUGUCACUAUCACUUUCUACUUCAUCAGGUCUGACUCUCUGAGUCAACUCAUCUGGUCAGUGUUUUAGUCAACAGAAAACAAAGAACACCUUUCAUGGAUCUCCUCUGUUUCUUUUUUCUCUAAACCUCUGAAACCAGAAGAGACAGAGAGAGUUGAAGAUGAAAUCAGAAACAUUAACACUAGUGCUAGUGAAUCUAGCAGGAAUAAUGGAAAGAGCAGACGAAUCUUUAUUACCAGGUGUCUACAAAGAAGUUGGAGCUGCUCUACAUACUGAUCCAACUGGUUUAGGUUCAUUGACUCUGUUUCGUUCGAUAGUUCAAUCUCUUUGUUAUCCAUUGGCAAUGUAUCUAGCUGUUCGUCAUAAUCGUACUCAUGUUAUUGCUCUUGGUGCUUUUCUAUGGGCCGCUGCGACUUUCUUGGUUGGAUUCUCUUCCACAUUCUUUCAGGUGGCUGUUUCGCGUGGUUUGAAUGGUAUUGGACUAGCUAUGGUUCAACCAGCUAUUCAAUCCCUUGUUGCUGACUCAACGGAGGACCAUAACCGGGGUAUGGCUUUUGGCUGGCUUCAACUAACAGGAAAUCUUGGGGCAAUUCUUGGUGGCAUGUUGUCAGUUCUUCUAGCUUCCACUUCAUUCAUGGGCAUUGCUGGUUGGAGAAUUGCAUUCCAUCUUGUUGCAAUUGUAAGCAUCAUAGUUGGAAUCUUAGUGCGAUUGUAUGCCAAAGAUUCUCGGUUUAUUGAGAAAAAUUGUGUGGAUGGGGAUUCCAGCACAGGAAAAUCAUUACAGUUGAAGGAGUUCUUUAAAGAAGCAAAAUCUGUGAUGAAAAUCCCGACAUUCCAGAUUGUCGUAGCCCAGGGUGUUACUGGAUCAUUUGGAGGGGCGGCUUUGGCGUUCAUACCAAUGUGGUUAGAAGUUAUUGGCUUCUCCCACAAAGAAACGGCUUUUCUCAUGAGUAUGUAUCCAGUUGCUUGUUCCAUUGGAGGACUGUUUGGAGGAAAGAUGGGAGAUAUACUUUCUGUCCGUUUACCGAACUCUGGCAGGAUCAUUUUAUCUCAGAUAAGUGCAGUUUCAUUCAUCCCACUGGCAUGGAUUCUGUUGCUUGGAUUACCUUAUGAUCCCUCCACCGCAUUUAAACAUGGCCUAGUUUUGUUUAUCAUUGGCCUGUUCACGUCGUGGAAUGCUCCAGCUACCAACAAUCCAAUAUUUGCAGAGAUAGUUCCGGUGAGAUCUCGAACAAGCAUUUAUGCUCUGGAUCAAUCCUUUGAGAAUAUAUUAGCAUCCUUUGCUCCUCCAGUUGUUGGACUUCUAUCCCAGCAUGUUUUUGGUUACACACCCGCUCCUCGAGGUUCAAGUCAAUCAGUUGAAGUUGAAACAGAUAAAAAAAAUGCAGCUUCGCUAGCCAAGGCACUUUACGCUUCAAUAGCUAUUCCUUUCACAAUUUGCGUCCUCGUUUACUCCUUCCUAUAUUGUACUUACCCUAGAGACAGAGAGAGCGCAAAAAUGAAGGCGCUAAUUGAAUCUGAGAUGCAGCAGUUAGAGUCAGAAAAAGUUCUAAUGGAAGGAAAAUACUCCCAGGUCCAGGCUUCUGAAGCUUAUGAAAAGGAAACUGUGAUUGAACUGGAUUACGAAGUAAAGGAUGGACUCGAAGUCGAAGAUAGCGAUGAAAAGACACUACUUACCCAUGGGCAAUCAUGAUAAACCUGAGAUUAGAGAAUUGGGGGACUGACAUUGGUAUUUGUCUUAUGUAAAAUAGUUAGAAUUGGGGGACUGACAUUGGUAUUUGUCUUAUGCAAGAUUUUGUACUAAC